UCUUUUAGAAUGAAUUUUGUUCGACCUUCGCGCAUAUUCAGCGUAUUUUUCUUGCUACAAAAUGCAAAUUAAUAAAAUAACAAAUAUUGUACUUAACAUUAAUAUUCAGUAAUCUCAUAAACAUUAAUAUAUUCAACUUUAUAUUUUACAAUUUUAAUUUUCACAAUUUCUCAUCGUACGUCAUUCUGUGUAAACAUUUUUUUGCAUUUUUCCAACGUUUUUUUGUGAUAAAUAAUUAUACCCAGUUGUGUAAUGUGUUUUUGUUUCACCAUUGCGAACGUAAUUAAUAUACCUAACACUGACUGAAUACAGAUUACUUAAUCUGAUUUCCAAAGGUUAACUACUAAUAUUUGACCUCCAAUAUUUGUGUUACUAAAAUGAAUGUAAACAGUAUUUUGAAUCCACGUGUGGUGUUUGGAGCCGCUAUUGUGGGCAUUGUCGGCGCCGCCGGUGUGUUAAUAUAUGAGCAAUUGUAUGCUGAAAAGAGGAGAUCUAUGUUAGUGAAUGAAGUAGCAAGACUGGACAAACAAGUCUCAACUAUGAGAACAGAAUUAGAAGCACUUAGAGAGUUACAAAAAGAAAGCCAGCUUCGCCGGUUGAAACAAAAGAAGAAUGUUCAUAGAAGAGAGAGGAAAGCGAAAACACCAAGUGGGGAUGCCACAGAUGGGCAUGAGCCAAGUUAUGCCUCGGACUCUGAAUAUUUUACAGACUACCAGUCUGUCUUGGGUACUGAUGGCGAAAUGGACAGCGAAGAGUUUUACGACGUGCAUACAGACGAUGAUGAUGACACCCUAAGGGAGUCGUUACGAAAUGGUACCGUAUCUCCGGACCAACUAGACGAGGAUGGUCCAAACACAAUCCCAAAGUCGCCAUUGAAGUCUAACACGGCUGUAUAGUGAGCACAAAAUAUUAAGAUAAAUCAUUUUAAAAGUGAAUUAGUCGGGAAUAGAACUUGUGUACCACCGUAGCAGUAUUUAGUGCUAGUAAAGUGAAAUUCAAAGGUAUGCACUGAAUAUGCAUCAAACGGCAAAAUUGUAGACCUGUACAAUAUUACAAUUUUGCUUUUUAUUGUAUACUUUGGACAAAAAUAAUAUGAAUAUAAUAAAUAACUGGAAUUAUGGAUAUUUUUGGGUGUUUUUGGGCAAUGCAAUUACGAUUCUUAUUAGUAAUUUUUAAUGAAUAAUGAAGGAAUAAGUUAUUUUUAUUUGUGAAAUAUUUAGAGGCAACAAUCAAUAGAAUCACUUGAUAAACUUAGAACCAUUUAUUUUCUAAAUAUUAAAUGUCUCUGUAGACUUUUUCAAUAGGAAUUAACGAAAUGGCGACCAGGUUGUUUUUUUAAUUAUGACAAUUUCUUUUAAUUAGUAAUAAUUCGUAACAUUCAAUAAUUAAUUUUUAAUUUAUUCGAUUUCAUUAUUGGGUCAUUUAUUCAUUAUUAUUAAUUUAUUUACAUUUUCAUUAAGCCCCAUUGAAACAGGCUAUAAUUUAAUGCAUUUUUCUGUUACAUAUUUAUUUGAGGGUCCCGAGUGCUGCGUUGUGUACUCAAAAUGUUGUCGAAUAAUUAUUCAGUAUAAUAUAUAUAUUUUUUUUUAUAUUAUAUUAAUAAUUAAGAAUAAUUCUGGCACAAAUGAAUUCUGGUUUUAAAUUAUCAAUUUUUAUUUGUAUAAUAAUGUAGAUGAUGUAAUUUAUUAAUUUCAUAAUAAUUUCACUAUAAAUUAUUUUUUAUAUUUGACAAUUAAUUUAAAUUUAAUAUUAUGUUUAUUUAAACGACAAUUGGAAGAAUGGAAAUGAAUUGAGAAUAUUAAUUAUGAGUGGUUUUACUUUAAAUUAAUUUUGAUAUUGUAUUACAAAAUAUUCAGUCCAUUUGUAAUUAAGAUCAAAACAUAAUAACAUCUGUUUUUUUUUUGUAUGAUGUUUAGAAUGGCAAUAAGUUGACGGUUCAUCUCAUGGAAAGAAGUAACCGUCGCCUGUAGACAUGAACGGCUCCACGGAUAUAAACAUAUUAAAAAAUACGCUAUAAACCUAUGUAUAAUGUUUACAGAUCACUUUAACAUGAGGCCUUUCAAAACUGGAAGAAUAGGCAUUAUUUGGGUUUGCAUGUAACACAAAACUCAUCGUCACUUAAGAUGCGGUGAGAUUACAGUCAAACAUGCUCAAAUUUAAUAUAUAUAUAUAUAAAAAAAUUGUGUCCAUGGUGCCCCUUAUGCGUUGCCAUUUCAUGUCGUUAUGUAUCAUAAUAUAAGUAGUAACAAAUUGAAAUAAAAUUUUGUUGUAUAUAAAAAAAUUUAAUUGAUUGACAUAUGUAGUUAUGUAGAAUUUUGUACAAGGGUUCCAUUAUAAUUCGUGUAUUAAGAUGAAAUUUGCCACAGCUAUUACGAAAAUGAGAAAUGUAUUUGUGAGAUUCGUGUCGUGGGAAACAAACAGAGUAAAUCGAAAUGAUAAUACAAACUUAACAAAACUUGUAGUCAAUAAAUAAAUUUUACUUACUGGAAAGGUCAAAUAAGUAAAGACUUAGUAUAAUACUUAAUUAUUUCCUAGACAACUUUACAACAAAAUUAGGUUUAUAAUUAUAUUAAUAAAAUUGUGAAAUUUCAGUUUCCAUGUAAAUUAAUUAAAAAUCGAUUUUGUAUUAAAACGUUAUAAGGUAUAAAAUUGUAAGCCAUGCGGCUUCUUUUAUUUGACUGUCCGUUAUAUAAUGAGUCAUAUAAUCAGAUUAAUUGUCCAAUAACAAUAUAGAAUUUGGAUCACAAUAUGUUAUGGUUGUCAUUUUUAAUGCAGACUUGUAUAUUUAUUUUUUUAUUUAAGAUUUUCUUUUAAGAUAUGUCUACCAAAAGGAGACCAUAAACGUUUAAGCGGUUUGAGUAAUGCCCAUAUAUAUUUCUGUUUAUCUUGAUACAGAAGGAGAUGCUUCGAAUUCCUUACCUAACAAUUGCAUAGUGUAUAGCUGCAGAUGCGUGACUCAACCCACUUGAUCGUCUAUGGAGUCCAAAGUUUAAUAAUUCAUUAUGUAUCAAGUCUUCUAAUUAAUUGUCACAAAUGACGCGGUCAUUAUAUGAUUCGUAAGGAUCAACCAACUGUAGACAUUGGGCAUUUUUAUAAUUUACCGUAAUAUGGUAUGGCUCUGGUAUGACCUGCAUGUUAACGAUAUCAAAAUAUUAAAGUGCCUUUAUACAUUUGCAUAUUGUAUCGUGACGAUAUACAUAAAAGUGUCGUAAACAUAAAAUGGUAUUGUGACGAUAUAAUCGUGUUGUGACGAUAAAAUUGUAUCGUAACGAUAAUGUCAUGUCGUGACGAUAAUAUCGUAUCGAUCGUAACGUUAAAAUUUUAUUGUACUGUGUCGCGAUGACAUAUAAAAUUGCCCAAUUGAAGAUAAAAUAUAAAUUUGUGACGUGUAUGAUCAACGACGACCUUAUAUACUGGUGAGCCAGUAAAGUUCGUCGUCUACAAAUGUCAACCUAAGUCAACUACUGUAUACCUAAGCAUUGUAUGUACCUGUCACAUGUAAACGUUGUACCUUGCUUGCGUUAAUUUUGGUUAACCUUUUAAUCGCUCCUUUAGGAUUUAUCCAAUAGAAUAGGUUGCUUGUUGUACCAUUUAUUUAUAGUAACAAAACAAAGAAUAUAAUCAAAUUUAUUGAAAAAUAAAAUAAGUACAAUAAAUAAAAAUAUAUUGUUCACAAUUUGAGUUGAACACUAAGCGUUUGGUAAUUGUUAAAAAGUCAAGCGGUGAAAAGGUUAACAAAUUUAAUAAUUGGAUUGCAUAUUAUUAUCGUAAAUAACUAAGGUGUUCAUUUGUUUCAUAAUAAUUUUACGGUAUAGUGGCACAAAUUCUUUUCCUUCGCUCUAAUAUAGUCUCACUUAAAAAACUGAGGCAUUAUUUCGACUGAAUAUAAUUCUAGUGUAUAUUUAUAGGGAAUGGGAUUUUUUUAGUGGGAAAACCUUAGUUUGUAGUUAUGUAACAUGGAUAUUGAAUUUGUAUAAUAAUCUGGCCAAGAUGUAGUGUUUAUCACAAUAAAACCCUGGAGUGAAUAUAGAUUGAUACAUAAUACAAUGGGAACAAUUCUGAGGUGCUAUUUCUGUAAAGCUAUCUCUUAAUCUAAGAUUUCAAGUUGAUAGUUUCGCAAAAUUAUUGUUUUUUGAACCAUUAUAAAUCUCAUAUUUUUUUUUAUAUUUUUUACUUAAAUCUAUUAGAAAUUUAGUUCAUAUUGGUCCUUAGAAUAAAGAUUUCGCUGCGACAUCAAAUUUAAAUUUUAGCGUCAGAUUUAGAGAAAUGGCGCCUCAGAAUCAACUACAUUAUAUAUUUUUCUAUCUUCACACUAAAUACCUUAUGUACAAGGUACAGAUAUUAGUAUAGUUUUAUGUUCUCUGUGACGCACAUAACUAAGUGCCGGUGCCAUUGUUCUUAUGUCUUGCUUCAUCCAUAGACUCUAGAUUUAACUUUACUAUUAAAAAAAUGCUCCAAAUACAGAUUAAUUUGGCUCUAUUAAAAUUUUUAAAAAAUAAAAGAUCAUUUAACAAAAUAACUUCACUUUAUUCAUAAAACUAAAACUAGUUGUUUUGUCUUUUUCAUUUGCACUAAUUUCUCAAUUUGAAAAACAGGAACAAAACAUUAUAAUAGUUAAAAUAAGUUUGUAUGAUGUUUUAGUUUUAUGAAUAAGGAGGCUCGAGUUGACACCUUGAUUCUAUAUCGCAUAUUUAUUCAUGAAAAUUUCAUUUUAUGCAUUUAAAAAAAUUUUUUUUUAACUUACAAAUUCAAUUUGAGUAAAGGUAGGCUGUACAAUGAUUUUUUUUUUAUUAUUCUUAUGGUAUAAGUAUGUCACACUCGAAUACGUUUCACCGAAGUGUUUAUUAUUUAUACUUAAUAUGUUUAUUAUUUUAUAUAACGGUGCUUUUUAUUAUUGGGGGUUUAGUCUGUAGUUUAAAUACCUAAAGUUUGAAUACACCGAGGAUUGAAUCGAACUUCUUUCUGCAUCUUCGUUCGAUAGAGUUUACAAAAAUGUAAUGAGAUAGAUGAAAAAAUACUUUUCUUUUUGUAAUGUACAUAUAUUAAUAAUUACCAUAAUAUUUCAAAUACAUAUUUAAUUUUUAUAAUGAAUAUAAUCUUAGAUGAAUUUGUACUCAAUAGUAAAAUAUAAAGAAUGUAUAGAAAUGCCUUACUCAUAGAAAUAAUAUAGUUAUUAUCUUCCAGUAGACAUAAUAUGUAGUUGAAGUUUUUGCUAAUUGAAUUCCGUGUCCAUAUUGUGGUUAUUAAAAAAAAAAGAAAUAAUACUCUAAAGCAAAGUGGUGGAAUGUUUCAGAAAAAGCAUUAAUGUUAAUAGUAUAAUAGUAAAAUGGUUCUUUUUUUAUUUAGAAACUUUUUAACGUUAUGCUUUCGUUGAUGCUACUUCAGUAUGUUUUGAUCCUAAGAUGAUGUGUUCGAUAGAAGAUAUAGCUUUGGUCAGGGAGGUUAUAAAAUCAAAUUAAUUCCAUUUAUUUAACCUUGUAAUGGUACAUAGUAGUUUUAUUGGCACAAACUAUUAUUAUAGGUGAAUAUUAUUGAUAUAUAUUUAACAUAAAUGCACUGAUAUGUAUGUGUAUUUUGUGUUGUCUAUUUAAAAUGGGAAUUUGUUUUGAAUAUUAAGUUUUUAUUUUCAGUAUAUGCUUCUGAGCAUGAUUUUGGCUGUAAAAAAAACGUCCAUUUCGCAUUUUGGUAAAAUAAGUUUAAAUUAGCUUGACAACAUUCCUGUAAAUUUUACUAUUAUGGCUAGGUUGGUAAGGUGGUGUUUCAACUAUAUUCAUUUACAUACACGUAGUAUUAAUAACUCGCCUGUAUAUUAAAACUAUAUGUAUGUAAAUUUUGUAGAUAUUUAAAAAUAGACAUUCGAUUUAUACCGGGAGAUAAUUAGCUUGCCUAGACGUGGCCAUUAGAGAAUAUAUGUUGCUAUUAACAAAAAAUAAAAUUCAAUUGUCUAUAGAAGUUUUUUACUGCGAAGUGUAAUUUAAAUCAAUUUAUUAAUAAAUGACACAAUCACAUUUGCGUUAGUGAGCUGCCGAAGCAGGGUUCAUUUGCUCAAACGAAUAAUAACUUGAAUUUUGAGAAUUGCCUAAUUGCUCAUUUUAAUGAGAAUACGCAUCAAGGGUCAAUUUAAAUUGUUUCAGUAUAUUAAGUCCCUUAUAUGUAGAUACAUUAUAUUGCUGUACCUACUGUAUUAUAUAAGUAUAUACUAUACAAAAUACAAGCAUAGUAAAAGUUCAGGGCUGGGGUAAUUUCAAGACUCAAAAACCGGUAUAACGUGCAUGCCGAAAAUGCUCAUUCUCUUUACCUCUCUGUAUCUUUAAAAUACACUAAUUUUAGAGAUACGUAAAGUUUUCCAUUUAUUAUGAAUUUAUAUUCAGAAAUAUAUUUUUCUUGACCAUAAUAAAUAAAUUAAAAACAAAUUCUAGACAAGUGACAAACGAAUAUCGGAUACAUUUUUAUUAUGUCACAUGUGAAAAAACAAGAUGUCAGUUAUUUCGUUCCAUCUCAUCCAUACGGUAGCGAAAUCGUAUCUGUCGAUAAAUUCGUUUGCAACUCAUCUAGGAUGGCUGAAAUAAUAAAAAGGAGACAAGUCUAAUAUAUUGUAAUAACUAUCAAGCACCUAUGGUGACCAUCGAUUGAAUUUAUACUCUGUGUAGAUAGACUAUUCAAUGCUUGUAUAAUUGAUAAACACUUGCCACCUGAUGUUCUGGACAAUAUAACUCGAUUAUUGUUACUGCAUUUGGGAUUACGUCUUAAGUUACUAACAUUAUCGGAUCCUCCCACCCGUAUAUUCUUGCCUCAGUCGCCUUACUAAUGCUGACAUGUCUUUUUUGGCAUAUUCAUCUUAUGAGAAAGCAUAGAUACAGCGUAAGUACCUAUGGUGCCUUUUCUAUGCAAAAAAUAAAUUAUAAAUUAGUGCAGGAGUAAUAAUAGAGUUAUAUGUAGAUUUAGGAGUCUCAUCGGCGCGAAAUCAUUGUUGGGAUUUAUUGAACUAUAAUUUUCAAUUGUUCUUAAUAGAUGUAGGCAUUAUUAUGGGUUAUAAUUGGUAUUUAUUUUGUUAUGAAAUAAAGAACUUUUAUGAAAAAAA